CGGUAGCACCCGUUUUCCUAGCGCUUAUCGGUCGUUCUGCCAAGCCUCUGGCCUGGGUCCGGGGCCACCAUGGGGAAGGUGAAUGUGGCCAAGUUGCGUUACAUGAGCCGGGAUGACUUCAGGGUUCUGACCGCGGUUGAAAUGGGCAUGAAGAACCAUGAGAUCGUUCCCUGCAGUUUGGUUGCUUCUAUAGCCAGCCUUAAACAUGGUGGUUGUAAUAAAGUCUUAAGAGAACUAGUAAAACACAAACUCAUAGCUUGGGAGCGAACCAAAACUGUCCAGGGCUAUCGGUUGACAAAUGCAAGCUAUGAUUACCUAGCUUUGAAAACACUUUCUUCUAGACAGGUGGUUGAGUCUGUUGGAAACCAGAUGGGUGUUGGCAAAGAAUCUGAUAUUUACAUUGUUGCAAAUGAAGAAGGGCAGCAAUUUGCAUUAAAGCUUCACAGACUGGGAAGAACCUCAUUUCGAAAUCUGAAAAACAAGCGUGAUUAUCAUAAACACAGGCAUAACAUGUCUUGGCUUUAUUUAUCUCGUCUCUCUGCCAUGAAAGAAUUUGCUUAUAUGAAGGCAUUGUAUGAAAGGAAAUUUCCAGUUCCAAAGCCAAUUGAUUAUAAUCGCCAUGCAGUGGUCAUGGAACUUAUAAAUGGCUAUCCUCUAUGUCAGAUACACCAUGUUGAAGAUCCUGCAUCAGUAUAUGAUGAAGCUAUGGAACUAAUUGUUAAACUUGCAAAUCAUGGACUGAUUCAUGGAGAUUUCAAUGAAUUCAAUCUCAUUUUGGAUAAAAAUGACCAUAUCACCAUGAUCGAUUUUCCACAAAUGGUUUCAACUUCUCAUCCCAAUGCUGAAUGGUAUUUUGACAGAGAUGUUAAAUGCAUUAGAGAUUUCUUCAUGAAACGUUUCAGCUAUGAAAGUGAGCUUUUCCCAACCUUCAGUGACAUCAGGAGGGAGGACUCUCUUGAUGUAGAGGUUUCUGCUAGCGGCUACACAAAGGAAAUGCAGGCAGAUGAUGAACUACUUCAUCCAGUAGGUCCAGAUGAUAAAAGUAUUGAAAUAGAGGAGGGAUCUGAAUUCUCAUUUUCUGAUGAAGAGAUGUCAGAAAAAGCAAAGUAUUGUAGAUCAGAAAAUGAAAGUGGACGAAACUCUGUAGGUGAAUCAGUUGACUGCUGUUGCCGAUCAUCUGGAGACCUUGAACAAAUAAAAGAAAGUUUAUCAGAGGACAGUGCUGUUGCACACAGUUUUGAAAUGACUGAAUUUAAUCAAGCUUUAGAAGAAAUAAAAGGACAAGUUGUUAAAAACAAUUCUGUAACGGAGUUUUCUGGGGAGACUAGCAGAACUGAACAUGACACCAAGCAAGAUAAUAAGACAGGUCAAGCUGGAAUCCUCAUGGGCUCUGAGAAGUAUGAAGAUGAGUGCCCUCAUCUGAUUGCCUUGUCAUCAUUAAACAAAGAAUUCAGGCCUUUCAGAGAUGAAGAAAAUAUGGAAGAUACUAAUCAACAUAGAACAAGAACUCUGAGUGUUACUUCUGUAGGCAGUGUUUUAAGCUGUUCAACAAUUCCUCCGGAAUUGGUGAAACAGAAGGUGAAACGUCAGUUGACAAAACAGCAGAAAUCAGCUGUGAGACGACGAUUGCAGAAAGGAGAAGCAAAUAUAUUUACCAAGCAACGGAGAGAAAACAUGCAAAAUAUUAAAUCAAGUUUGGAAGCAGCUAGCUUUUGGGGAGAGUAAUAUAUUUAAGAACUUGAAUAUUUUUCAGAAAGUUACUAUGAUCCCUUUUUAAGCCACCUUUAGUAUUUUUUGGACCAAGGCAGAUAUAUAUAAAUAGGUAAAUAAAUGCUCUUUCAUUGAUAAAUUUGAUUCAUUCAGUACGUGUCCUCUAAAGAAUAACUAUAGUAAUUCUGCUAAAGCAAAUCAGUUUUCCAAGUAAUUUUUGUUAGGAAUAUUUGAGUAUUUUUUAAAAUCUAAAUAUCACUUUUUAUUGUUUUUUGUUUUCUACCACAAAAAGGUAGAUUGUUUUGAGGAUUAUAUGAGACAGUGCACAGAAAGCACUUAGAACAAUGCCUAGCGCUUUAAAAGUGUAGUUAUUGGAAUAAUUAUAAUGAUGUUUAUCUUUCAGAAAAUCUGCUAAUGACUUGGUUGCAUUUUAUUUAGCCACUGGAAGAAUUCACUGCCAUCUGUUUUUCUAGUCUCUAGUGUUAAGGAUAAGCCAGUAAUGUCUACUUUUAUUUUCAAUUUGUAAUGUGGUCAUGGGAACAGAAACUUGAGAUAGUCCCACCAUGAUUUUUACAGUUUCCACUUUUUAUGCAGUCUGAGCAGAAGGACAAGACUUAAGGGUGAGGGAAAGUAGAAGGGAUGAGAAGUGAAAAGUUCUUUCUGAUAUUCUUAACUAGAUGGGUCUAGAACAUAUUUCACAUCAAAGACAACAAAUAUCAUUGACCCUUGAACAACAUGGGUUUGAACUGCGAGGGUCCACUUAUACAUGGAUUUUUUUUUUCCAAUAAAUACAGU